UAAUGCUGCAGAAUGUGAGGUUUUGUGACUUGUGCCACUUAAGUAUAAUAAUGCUCUAGAUUAUUGUUUCCAUGCUUCAGACUGCUCCAAUAAAGAGAUUUAUGUGUGUUGGACUGCUUCAAAAUCAGGAUUUGUCUGUUAUAAUCUGCACCAGAAUGAAACGUUAUCUGCUACAAAAAUUGCUACAAAAUGACUUUGGGCAUUUCCAACACUUCAUGGAAACCUCGGAAAGCCCAGUGUCUGCUCCAGCAAAUUUGGCAGGGCUUUGCCUUGAUCAUCUUGCUGAGAGAGAAGAUAAUACGGUUGGUGGCAUGGCCAGUGCAUUAUCCUGGCCUAUAUAUUGAUACCUAGAACAUGCUUGGGGUUUGGAAUGAAGUUUGAGAGCUGGUGUGUUUGAAGAGGUCUGCCACUUAUAACUUCUGUGCCUGCUGUCACUGCAUUGCUCUCGCCACUUGUCACUUGAUAAUGUAUUGUCAGCUUAUGUUCAGCACACUGUGAUUGCAAUUCACUGCACGACAUGCUACAGAGAAAAAAAGCAUUUCUUUUUUUUAAAUUCUUCUAAUUUCAAACACACCAUGCAGUUUUGAAGUUAUUAUCAAGUACAGUGUCGCAUACAGUCCAGCCCACUUUAACAGCAGCAGAUAUAACGAACGCUCGCUUAGUACGAACGAGGGCGGUGCUACCGUCAAAAUAUAUAUUGGGGCAAUGGCACAGUGUCUCACAUAGAACGAACUGUUGUGGCCUCAACACUCGGUUAGAGCGAACGCGAAGCUGUCGGGCCCCUGUAGUUGACCGAGCCGGCGGUGUUUGGUGCGGUUUCGCUGGACUGCGAACCCGCGGCAGGCGAAUUUCGCGCACUUUGUGUUCCCCUGACACGACGCGAACACAGAGCGCACAAAGCCUCCCCCGGCGCUCCUUUGCGGGUAAAAUAAAGUAAAAAGCGCCUUCGGAAGGCUACCUACGCGGACGUUGAGGACGCACUGCUGAAGUGGUUCGCUGACGCGCGGUCUCGCAACGUUCCGAUCAGUGGACCGCUGACGCUCUCCAAGGCUAAAGACUUCGCCUUCCUUUUGGAUUUUGCCGAUUUCAGCCCAGGCAAUGGAUGGCUCCACCGGUUCAAGGCUCGCCACUGAAUUGUAUUCAAGGCGGUCGUCGGCGAGGCCGCGUCUGUGAACAACAAGGACGUCGAUGCGUGGCUUUCCGACAACCUCCCAACAAUCACGAGCUAUGCUCCACGGGACAUUUACAAUGCCGACGAGACUGCGUUGUUUCAUCGGAUGUUGCCAUCUAAAACGCAUGCCAUGAAAGGCGACAAGUGCGCAGGAGGGAAGAACAGCAAGUUGCGCGUAACCGUUCUUCUGUGUGUCAAUAUGGACGGCAGUGACCGGCGGCUGCCUUUUGUCAUUGGCAAGUCACGUAAGCCGCAAUGCUUUGGAAGCUACGUGCCCGUACGCUACAGGAACAAUACAAAAGCCUGGAUGAGUCGUGACUUAUUUGCCGAGUGGCUUGUCGAGUUCGACCGCGACAUGGCACGAAAAAACAGGAGGGUCCUGCUCGUGCUGGAUAACUGUGCGGCGCACCAUGUGCAGCCUUCCUUGAGUGCGGUGACAGUGCUCUUCUUGCUUCCGAAUGCAACCUGCAAAAUUCAGCCGCUGGAUAUGGGCAUCAUUCAUGCGUUCAAGGUGUGCUACCGGCGGCGCGUCAUCCAACGCUUGUUGAUCGCGAUUGAUGCUGCCAUGCCAGUUCGCAUCAGCUUGCUUGCCGCCGUGGACAUGUUGAAAGUGGCGUGGAUGCAACUCACCGCGGAGUGCAUAGAAAAUUGCUUCCGCAAGGCGGGUUUUAUGGGCCCAGGCACCGAGGACGCCAUAGAUCACCCACUGGAAGGCCGGUCGCACGAGGACUUGUGGCAACGCAUCGUUGACACGCAGCUGGCUGGACCUGACGUUGCCUGGGACGAUUUCGUUUCUGCUGAUGACGACGCCGACAUUGCGGAGCCAUGCACUGACGAAGCUAUUGUGCGUGAAGUGCGAGCCCUUCCUGACUGCCCAGAGACCGACGAUGACGAGGAUGCUGCUCUACCGCCGGUUGCUGUGAACGCUUCAACCGCGAUCGGUUACAUCGCGUCGCUUAAGGAACUCGUGUGCAGCAGAGGCCUUGGUGAUGAACGUAUUACCGCGCUGGAAAAAUUAGAAACGGCAGUGAUGCGAUCAGCUUUGAAGAAGCAGACAUGCAUCACGGACUUUCUUCAAAAAUAAAGUGAACUUUCGUCUCGCUUGCUCUUUUUUCCCGUAUUAUAGGUGGUCCACUUAGUACGAACUUUGGAUACAACGAACAAAUGGCACGUGACGAUCAAGUUCGUUAUAUGUGGGCUGGACUGUAUUUUACUGCUGAAUUUCUUUUUAAUUCAACGCUGACAAAUGCCUGUUGCACUGGAGGUUGUCAUUACAGUGUAGAAGCUUUACAGUGUUCCAUAUUAGGAUUGAAUGAAGACAUGCUUAGGAAAGAUGCAUUGACUUUGUUUUGAGGGGUCAGGGGGCAGUUUUGUGGUCAGUUUUCAUGGACGAAUAAUUAGCGAUAAUGGUAUAAUCUUGCAGCUUUCGCAAUAUCGCUAAGUGAACACUUGCUGCUACAUCCCUAAAUAAGGUGGUGCUAGCACAAUUUCUCCAUCUGCUUCUGGAAAAAAAAAAAAGAACACUGUCCAUGUUCGAAAAUGAAACCGUUGCAAAUUUA